AUGGACCGGGACCCCAACCCCGACCCGCUCCUCCCCUUCCUCGUCCCCGCCGCCCCCGCACCGCCGCCGCCACCGAGAUCCACGCCAGCCAUAGCCCUAUCCUCCAAUCCGACACCAGAUCCGAAACCGCCAUCACCAGAUCUACAACCUGAGGGGUCUCACGUCGAAGCGCACCCAGCCGAGGGUGAGGUCCAAGCUGCCCAAGCUCCGGAGGCGCUGCGGUCGUCAUCACCAGCUACUGAAGCGCCAUCAAUCCAGCAACCUACGCCUGCUCAAGUUCCUCCCCAGCCGGCCAGCCCCACUCUGAUCAACCCUGAUCUGCGCGAAAGGGGCUGGGCUCUGCUCCCGGAUUUGGCAAAAGAUUUGAACAGACUGAAGGAGCAACGGGCGGGAAUUGAAGAUGGAGAGCGCAGCACCACCAUCAAUCCAACGGAUCCGCCAGAGAUUGCUUGCAAUAAAUCCACCAGUCAGAGCCAUUCAAAGGUGCAAGCUCCCGAAGAGGGUACAGUCAAGGAGGCUACAAUCCUCCGCUCCAGGAUUCCAGCAAGUCAGAAGGGGAAAGGAGUUCAAGAAAGGAGUGUCAUUCAUGGUGAGCAGCGGUUGUCCAGCUUUACAGAGGCUCGGCACCCAUCCUCAGCAGCGCCGGAGAAGACGGCCUCUGCCUCCCUCCAUGGAGCGUCGAGCUCGCGCCAGAAGGACGUGGCGGCUCAGGCAUUGGGAAGGAGCUGUGCGGUGCACUAUCUGGAGGAGAAGACACGUCGCCGCGAGCGCACCAGGACAUUUGAUCUGUGGGCGUGGUGCUGCGACCCCUGUGACAUCCCCAAGGAGGUGGUGCUCACGGUCACCGAGCUGGACAGGGAGCUGCCACACCACGACGCCCCGGCCGACAUCAAGCGCGCCCAAGUCUUCCUCCUGCGCAACCACCUGGAGUUCGUGGAGGAUCUGACGUUCUUGCAGGGGCGUGGCAGGCUGGGCGGCCUUCGGAACCGCAAGCCUCGUCGCGAGCUGGUCUGGUCCUACGGGGAGCCAGACUCGGUGGGUGAGCGCCUCCCCGGCGGACGGGGACAGGAUCGCGGCAGGGACAGUGGGCGCCACCACAGGCGGGACGACGACGACUACGACUACACACGCCGCAACCAGGGCAUUCGUCGACACUGCAGCGUCUCCAGCUGGGGUCGCCUCGGCUACCCACCAGGCGCCUCAGAUGGUCUGGAAGGUGAAGGACGCCAAGGGGGGGGAAAGAAGCAGCAGAAGAAGGUCUCCUUCGCUACACCGAUUGCAACUGAGCUCAAGCUGCCCAAGCGCACGCAGCCGGACGACAGCAUUAUGCUCAUCAAGGGUAACAUCCUAAAUCAGUCCUUGUCGUCUCAUGUGCUUGAUGUUGAUGACACCCUUGUGGAGGAAAACAUGUCAUCAUCUGAACUGAUUGCACAUGCAGCUAUGGAAGGAGGCAGCGAGAGCCAAAUCGACACCAGCAUGAUGCUCAUGGAGGACAGCAGCAUGGGGACAGAGAAGAUGCAGCAGGCGCUGGCCGCGACACUCAGGAUGAUGGAGAGGACCCUUGCCACAGCAGGAGAGAAUCUGCACUUCCAGAGGCCGAUUGAGAAGAACAAGAUGGAGGCCAUUCAGGUGCUGAUCGAGGAGGGAAACAAGAUGAUGAAGAUGGGCAGCAUCACAGGGAAGAUGACUGCUCGGGGGAAAAAAUACACCUGGAGCAGUGAUCAACAGUCUCCCACGAUGACAAAGAUCGACCACUUCUUUGCAUCUUCUGAGUGGCUGGGUGAUGUCAACAUGGAUUUUUAUAGGGGAUUCAGGUUCGAAUCUCACUGGCCAAGCUGGCCAGGUUUCCUGGAGACAGUCAAAGAGGUUUGGGACAAGCCGGUGAAUACCCAAGAUGCUAUACUCCGGGUUCAUGUUAAACUGUUGCGAACUGCAAAUGCUUUGAAACUAUGGAGAAGAAAAAACUUCAUUGACUGGAAAGUGCGCUGGGCCAUCCUCAACAUUACCCUAGCAAAUUUGGAAAGGGCGCAAGAAUCAAGACCUCUAACACAGGAUGAAUUGGUUUUCAAACGGUACCUGAAAAGCAAGGCACUUGGGUUAGCAUCAAUCCAAAAAAUAAGGGCGAGAGAGCAUUCACGUCUAACGUGGAUGAGAAAAGGGGAUUCAAACACAAAUUUUUUCACCUGCACGCUAAUGCAAGAAGGAAGAAAGUUUACAUCCCAUCCCUUGCUGGUCACGCGGGGACAGUGGUUGUGCAAGAGGAGAAGGCCAGUCUGA